CUCUUACUAAAAGUUUCUUUCUCACUUAUGAAGAUGGCUUCUCCGGAGGAGGCUUUGGCCGAAACAUUUGUCUUUUGGGACAUGAAACAGUUUCCAGUUCCCUCUGGCUUUGAUGCUCUUCAGGUCCUCCCGUGCAUUACACGGUUCUUGGAGAAAUAUGGCUACUCUGGUCCUCUCACCAUCACUGCUGUUGGCGAUCCAUCACGCAUACCGGGUCACAUCUUUCAUGCCCUCUCUUUAACCGGAAUCCGUCUUUAUCAUGUCCCCACUAAAAUACUUCGUCGCGACACCAUGUCACUUAUGUCUCACUGCAUGUCUGAGAACUCACCCCCAGCUAAUAUAAUGGGCAUAUGCGGUCCGAGAAGCUUCCCUCCUCCUCUGAGUGGAUACAAUAUUUUCCGGCCGUUUUCGUAUUCUUCUCCUCAUCAAGACUUCAUCCUCUGGAAAAGCUUAAUUCUGGCAACCAGCCAACCAACCAGUAGAGAAACUCCAAAAGGCCUAACACCACUAUUAACAGGAAAAGGAGACGGAAAUUAGAAGCAAGUUUCAGCAGUUGAGUUUACCGAUACAGAUUUUCUCUAAUUAACAACUCAUGCCAAAUCCCAAUCUAAGAAACUAAGGUUAAAAGUGCAUAGAGAGAUGCUUUAAAGUUACAAUGUUUAAAGCUAGUCACUCCUUUAACCCUGUUGAGCAUAUGGGAGAUAGUAACA